AUGAUUAUUUCAUGGAAUGUAAGGGGUUUGAAUAAGGCAGGGAAGAAUAAAGAUGUGGCCCUUAGGCUUCUAAAAAUCAGUCCUGCUAUUUGUAUAUUGGUUGAAACUAGGGUGAAGGAAGAUAAGGCUAGUGCUAUUAGAAAUAAGUUGGGUGCUAUGUGGGCUUAUAGUGACAAUUAUGAGCACCAUGGCAACGGCAGAAUUUGGAUCAUGUGGAAUGAGACUAAAGUCCAGGGGGAUUUCAUCAUGUGGUGCACAGCUAUUUAUGCUCAUAAUGCAAUAGAGAGAAGAUACCAACUGUGGAAAGAUAUUGAAGGAAUAGCUACUAAUACUCACGAUUCCUGGAUGCUCUUUGGUGAUUUUAAUAAUGUGCUUAGCUCCAGUGAUAGAAUUGGGGGUAACCCAGUGUUGGAAAAAGAAUUUAAGGCGCUUGAGGAAAUGAUGCUAAGAACUGGGCUCUAUGUGAAGGAUAGUAUUGGGGAUCAUUAUACCUGGUUCAAUAAUCAGUGUAACAAUCCAGUGUACUCCAGAAUUGAUUGGUUGUUGGGUAACUCUAAAUGGCACCAAGAUAAUCAAACUAACAAGCUGCAUGUAAUGCAACCUGAGAGAUACAGGAAGAGUUUUAAGUUUCCAAAUAUUAUUGCCAGUGAAGAUGGGUUCUUGGAGGCUGUUGAGCAGAACUGGAAGAUGCCUCUAGAGGGCCAGCCUAUGUAUAGAGUGUGGAGGAAACUCUAUAGACUCCAGAAGGUUAUCUUGGAUAGAAGCAAAGAUAUACAGGGGAUUAGUCAGCAAAUUAGCCAAGCUCGUGAGAAUCUUAGUUCUGCUCAGCAGGAUCUGAUUGAUGAUAGACUAAAUGCUGAUAAAAUUCAGAGGGCCAAAGAGUGCUUACAAGACAUAAUUCACUUAACCACAGUAGAGGAAAACAUCCUAAGGCAGAGGUCUAAGGUUAAUUGGAUUAAACUUGGUGAUAGCAAUAAUGCCUAUUUUCAUGCUACUCUCAAAAGUAAGUUCAGUAAUGCUUACAUUGGACUGCUUAAGGAUAAUGAUGGGAAUGGCAUAACUGACCAAAAGAUGAUUCUGAAAGAAGUCACUGAGUUUUAUAGGGCUCUUGUGGGAAAGCCUGCAUCUGGCUUGAACAAAAUCGACUUGGAAAUCAUGAGGGAGGGGAAGCAACUUCAAAGAGAUCAGUGUGCUAGCCUGACUGCUCUGGUGACAGAAGGAGAGAUCCAUAAAGUCCUUAAGAAGAUGAGUGACCUCACUGCCCCGGGCAUAGAUGGUUAUGGAGCGAAAUUUUUCAAGUCUUCUUGGAACAUUAUCAAGAUAGAUUUGUGCAUGGCUGUGAAGGACUUCUUUGAGAAUGGAAGGCUCUAUAGAGUAGUGAACAAUACUGUGGUCACUAUUAUCCCCAAAAAUGCUGCAGCUUGUAGCAUUGUCAAUGUUAGCCAAGCAGCGUUCAUCCCGGGUCAACAUAUCCAAGAUCACAUUAUGCUCGCAUAUGAGUUAAUAAGAGGUUAUAGUGCAAAAAAUGGCCCCCCGAGAUGCAUGAUCCAAAUGGGUAUUAAGAAAGCCUAUGAUAGUGUAGAUUGGUACAAAGUUAACAAUGAGCUAUCUGAUAAUGUCCAAGCAAAGAGAGGGCUCAGAUAG